CGCGCUCCUCGGGGUGGGGUUUUUUGGCGGAGACUUACGCGAAAAGGAGAUGGCAGAAACUUCCAGGUCUCGACACCGCUCUCUGUACAAAUUGGUGGGCUCGCCGCCUUGGAAAGAAGCAUUCAGGCAAGGAUGCCUAGAAAGAAUGAGAAACAGCCGGGACAAGCUCCUAAACAGGUACCGCCAGGCUGGAGGCAAUAUGCCCGUGGGAACUCAGAACACCUUUCUAGUGCAAGAGGUGAUGGAAGAAGAGUGGAAUGCUUUGCAGCCAGUGGAGAAUUGUCCAGAGGCCUUGGCUCAGUUAGAGGAGCUGAUGGACCUGGCUUUGCUGGAGGAAAUCCAACAGGAAUUGAUUGACCAAGAACAGUCUGUUAUCAGUGAGUAUGAGAAGAGCUUGCAGUUUGAUGAAAAGUGUCUCAGCAUCAUGCUGGCUGAGUGGGAAGCAAACCCCCUCAUCUGUCCUGUGUGUACAAAGUACAACCUGAGAAUCACAAGUGGUGUGGUCGUGUGUCAAUGUGGCCUGUCCAUCCCAUCUCAUUCUCCACAGCUGACAGAGCAGAAGAUCCGUUCCUCUUUAGAGGAUAGUGUCAAUGAGCACAGCACACAUUGUCCCUACACACCUAAAUUUUCAGUCACUGAAGAAGGAACAGAAGAAAAAUCCAGUCUUCUCAUGAGUUGUCUGGUAAGAUUCUCAUGGGACCCAAUCCAUGGCUUGUGAUACUUGGGCAGUGAUCCUCUAGAGCCAGCCUGGACUCACUGUUCGACUGGAUUGAAAACGACUCAUUUCCUCUGAGAAGGACCCUUGUAUGUGCAAGACUUUUAUUUAUAACUUAUGUUGGAUUAAAACUUUUCAAACAUC